CGAGCUCCGACUGAAGGGUCCAGCGCGCAGUCCCGAGGAGGGCGACCGCCCCUUGGGCAUGUACUCGCUCACUAGUGCUCUGCGCUCUCUGAGCCUGGCAUCCCCGGCCAUUACCGCCCGGCUUCCGACUCCGCUCCCUGCUGCCCAGAUACUGAGCAAUGCUCUGCAACAGCCCUCUGCCUUCGCGUUGCCUUCUCAUCGACCAGUGCAUCUGUCUGUGGACCUUAAUGCCAAUUUUGUGUCCUGGAAGAGUCGUACCAAGUACACAAUUAAACCAGUGAAGAUGAGGAAGUCUGGGGGUCGAAACCAUACAGGCCGUAUCCAAGUACACGGUAUUGGUGGGGGCCACAAGCAGAGGUACAGAAUGAUUGACUUUCUACGGUUCCGGCCCGAGAAAGAUGCCAAGCCAGAACCCUUUGAGGAGAAGGUUGUCGUAGUCCGCUAUGAUCCAUGUAGGUCUGCAGACAUAGCUCUGGUUGCUGGGGGCAGCCGGAAACGUUGGAUCAUUGCCACAGAAAACAUGAAGGCAGGAGAUACAAUCCUGAACUCCAACCAUAUAGGAAGAAUGGCAGUGGCUGCACAGGAAGGGAAUGCAUAUCCUCUUGGGGCAUUGCCUGUGGGGACCCUCAUCAACAAUGUGGAAAGUGAGCCUGGCCGAGGAGCCCAGUAUAUCCGAGCUGCAGGGACAUGUGGCGUGCUGCUUCGGAAGGUGAAUGGAACAGCCAUUAUCCAGCUGCCCUCUAAGAGGCAAAUGCAGGUGCUGGAGACAUGCACUGCAACUGUCGGCCGAGUUUCCAACGUUAAUCACAACCAGCGAGUCAUCGGCAAGGCAGGCCGGAACCGCUGGCUGGGCAAGAGGCCCGACAGUGGGCUGUGGCAGCGCAAGGGAGGCUGGGCGGGCCGGAAGAUUCGGCCACUGCCCCCCAUGAAGAGUUACGUGAAGCUGCCCUCUGUCGCUGCCCAGAGCUAAUACCCGUGACUCUAAUAAAUUGACCCCUGUUUUUAUCCGU